GUUUCCUCAUCUCUGCAGUGAAGCAACUUAAAGUUAAGUUUUUCAAAAGAAGGUGCACUAGCAUCCAGGAGCUACCUCUGACAGCACCCUCUGACUUCACAAGCUCUCCCUAAGUAAGAAGUAAAAUAAAAAAAAAUAAAAAUGGAGGACCCAUGGCAGAAGGCGUAUGACUUUGCUGUUGCAGUGGCAAGAAAAGCUGGAGCGGAAAUUAGGAAAGCUGGGGAGAGUGAAAUAAGGGUCAUGACAAAAAGCUCCACUGUAGACCUUGUCACAAAGACUGAUGAGAGGGUGGAGAAAAUCAUCAUCGGGUCUCUUAAAGAGGAAUUCGGAGAAGGCACACACUGCUUCAUUGGGGAGGAGUCGGUGGCGAAGGGGGAGCCGUGUAUCUUAACCGACAAACCCACGUGGAUUAUUGACCCGGUGGACGGCACCACAAACUUUGUACACGGGUUCCCAUUUGUGGCUGUGUCAAUUGCCUUUGCUGUCAAUAAGGAGUUGGAGUUUGGUGUGGUGUACAGCUGCUUGGAAGACAAGAUGUAUAAAGCAAGGAAGGGGAAGGGAGCUUUCUGCGACGACGAAGCAAUUCAGGUGUCCGAUGUACAAGAAAUCAAGAAGUCCAUUAUCAUUUCUGAGCAUGGAACCGACAGGAGCCCAGAAAAAGUAACCAAGAUCUUCUCUACCAUGCAGAAGAUCCUCUGCAUCCCCGUGCACGGGCUCCGUGGAUCAGGGACAGCUGCCACCAACAUGUGUCUGGUGGCGUCGGGGGCAGUGGAGGCCUUCUUUGAGAUCGGGAUCCACUGCUGGGACAUCGCUGCUGGUGCGGUGAUAGUCAAGGAAGCUGGAGGAAUAUUACUGGAUGUUGAUGGCGGACCAUUCGAUUUGAUGUCCCGAAGGAUGGUUUCAGCAAACAACGAUGUUAUUGCUAAGCGGAUCAUCAAAGAAAUUGAAGCAUUCCCAGUGGUGAGGGACGAUGCUCCUGUGCAGAAGAAAUGAGAAUAUUCUCAAACGCUGUUUACACUGUGCACAAGUGCAGUCUGCCGCUAUUUGUGUCUGAAUAAAAGUUACUGUUCUGUAAUCACCACUGAUAAUCUUAA